GCGAGCGGGUGUCGGAUCCUCGCGGGUGGCGGCGGCGGCGGCCGCGGGGCCCGAGGGGCGGGGCGGGGCGGGCCGGGCCGGGCGCCGCCAUGGCCGGGAGUCACGACAUGUUCGACGCCAUCGUGAUGGCGGACGAGAGGUUCCAUGGGGAAGGCUACCAGGAAGGCUACGAAGAUGGCAGCGGCUUGGGUAUGAUUGAAGGAAGACAAUAUGGCACGUUACACGGAGCCAAGAUUGGAUCUGAGAUUGGGUGCUACCAAGGGUUUGCUUUCGCCUGGAGGUGUCUCCUGCGCGGCUGUGCCACCGAGAAAGACAGCAAGAAGAUGAAGGCCUUAGAGUCGUUGAUUGGGAUGAUUCAGAAGUUCCCUUACGACGACCCUACUUACGACAGACUUCACGAAGACCUGGACAGGAUCAGGGCGAAAUUUAGACAGCUUUGUUCACUACUCAAUGUUCAGCCGGACUUUAAAAUUAGUGUGGAAGGUUCGGGACUCUCAUUUUGAGGAUGACAGAUGAACAAAGACGAAACACCGAGGAACAGAUGUCCAUAUGUGAAGUGUUUAAAAAUGGGAUUCAAAGCAAAACAA